UACGGUUCAAUCAUUUCUUCCCCCCCACACCUUCUCCGUGUUCUUCUUCUUCGAUCCCAUUCCCACCCUUAUCCCCCUCCCUCUAGGGUUUUCUUCUCCUUCUCAGAUCUCCCCACCUUGCCCUCUCUAAAGUUCUUCCAUCUCUCUCUCUCUCUCCGACGUCGAUCAUGGGCUGAGACCUAUUCUUCCGCGUUCGUGAUUGUCUUCUUGUCCCCGUUUUUUUUCUCCCGCCAUGUCUGGCUUUCACAACGGAGACGGCUGUUCCGGAGGAGCUGCUGCAACAGCUGUCUCCGAUCAGUUUCCCGCCGGUUUGAGGGUCCUCGUCGUCGACGACGACGCUUCCUGCUUGAAAAUUCUCGAGAAGAUGCUUCGCCGGCUCAUGUACCAAGUCACCAUUUGCUCACAAGCAAAUGUUGCUUUGGCUAUUCUGAGGGAGAUGAAAGGCUGUUUCGAUUUGGUUCUGAGCGAUGUCCACAUGCCCGGCAUGGAUGGAUAUAAGCUUCUCGAACAAGUCGGUCUCGAGAUGGAUCUUCCGGUUAUAAUGAUGUCGGCUGAUGGGAGAACGAGUACGGUCAUGACAGGUAUCAACCACGGUGCUUGUGAUUAUCUGAUCAAGCCCAUACGUUUGGAAGCGCUUAAGAACAUUUGGCAACACGUUGUCCGGAAAAAGUGGAGUAUGAACAAGGAGGUUCAUCUGUCUGGUGCUUUAGACGACAGAGAUCCGUUCAGACAAAGAAACGACAGCCCUGAGAAUGCUUUUUCUGCCAGCGAUGGUUCGGAUGGAAGUUCGAAACAUCAGAGGAAGAGAAGUUGUGUUAGAGAAAACGAAGAGGAUGACAUUGAGAAGGAUGAUCUUGAUUCUGCCUCAAAGAAGCCAAGGGUUGUUUGGUCUGUGGAACUGCAUCAGCAGUUUGUCAGUGCCGUAAACCACCUCGGGAUUGACAAGGCGGUACCAAAGAGGAUUCUCGAGCUGAUGAACGUGCCUGGUUUAACCCGAGAAAAUGUCGCCAGUCAUUUGCAGAAGUUCAGAUUGUAUUUGAAGCGAUUGAGCGGUGUGGCUCCCCAAAGUAGUGUGUGCAAUAUUGCGCAGCCUAACCUAAAACUCGGAAGAUGUGAUAUUCAGGCACUGGCUGCCUCUGGACAGAUUCAUCCGCAAGCAUUAGCAGCUCUGUUUGGUCAAACACUCCCAGUAGGCAACCUGCAUCAGCCUGCCCUCGUACAACCAACCCUUCCUGGACCCAAGUGCCUUCCCCUUGGACAAUCAGUAACUUAUGGUCACCCCGUAGCAAAAUGCCCCCCUCCUGAUGUAUCCAAGAAUUUCCAGCACUCUGUUCUUCUGGCCAAGGAUCAUCGAGCCGGAUUCGGAGCAUGGCUGCCGAACAACCAUCUCAGCACAAUGGCUUCUGAAAAGCUGAACUUUCAGCAGAACGAGGAUUUCCCCGAGGAUAUGUCCCAAAAAUCCAACCCCACGAUCAAUGUGCAGCCUUCUUGCCUUGUGGUGCCAUCUCCAUCAUCAAACAAUUGUUUGGGAGUGACCAAUAGUCCUGCUUCUGUCAAUCAAACCAUUGUCGGAUUCACUAAUGCUGCAGUGUUCGAUCACAGUGUGCUCUCUGCACAACAAGGGCCUCUCUCUCCAUGUGUAUCAUCAUCGGCUUGCACGGUAAAUACAGACAAUAAUGUGAUGCCAAGGAAGAGGCAUCCGGGGUUUGUCCAUCGGCUUCCGAGCAGGUUUGCUAUAGACGAGAUGGAGUGGUCUCUGGACAAUUUGGAUAAUGGAAAAAACUUUGACAGUGAAAUAAUCAUCAAGCAGGAGCUGGGUGUUGACCCCAUGAACAUUGUAAGGAGCGGCGGCGCUUUGAUAUUACAGCAGUUUCAUUCAAACGAGCUCACGAGUGUUUUCACUAAAUAGGUUUCAGACUAAAAAGUCAAAGACUUUGACUUCAAUCUUCGUCCUCCUAAAUGAUAUCUGGUUCGUGGUAACUGGAGAACGUAAAAAGUAAAAGAAUGUUGUUAUUUUACUAUGGGUAGAGAUUAGGUGUAAAAGCAUGGCGUAUGUAUGUUCCAAUUCCCACGUCUUAGGAACAAGAGUUAGUGUUAAGGAAUGAGGUCAACUUAAGGGUCCUAAUGCUCCAAAUGUCUGUGGAGCAUCUUCUUCCACGUGUACUUUGUGUCUUUCUUAGGAUGUUUAUGUUCAUCAUUCGAUUUGGCUAUAUAUAUGCUUAUACCCCCCAAAAAAAUUUACUCAA